AUCGCAAGGUUGGUGGCUAGCAGUGAGUACUCGUGUUUAAAUUACUUGUUUUAGUCGUGUUUAACCAAGUUUCAAAGAAAAUGUGUUAUGGCGACAUUAAGAUGCAGAUCUUCGUGCAGUCGAUCGAUGGGCAGACGAUCCCUUGUGAGGUGGAAAAUGGGUCUUCUUUCGGGGAUCUCAUGUGCCAUUUAGAAGAGGUCACAAACGUGCCUGUCGAUCAAAUGCGUCUAUCAUGGGGUACCCAUGCGUAUGACGAAAACUCGAUUAUCACGCCUACGCUUUCAAACAAGACCUUAGUUCUCAACGCUAGACUGAGGGGUGGUGUGAUUGAGCCCUCUCUUCGUAUUCUGGCGUCGAAAUACAACUGCGAUAAGAUGAUCUGCCGUAAAUGCUAUGCUCGUCUGCACCCAAAAGCGCACAACUGCCGUAAGCGCAAGUGUGGACAUUGCAAUAAUCUCCGUCCCAAGAAGAAGCUGAAGUAAAUUUCAGAUUGUUUCGGGCGACGCCGGGGGAUCCUCGCAUUUGUUGGGUACCACAUGUCAUCUUCAUGGUCAGCACCAUGGAUACAAAACAAGUAUGCGAAAGUCACCUUGGAUGGCAACCAAUAUGUGGCAUACGCCUCUCUAAAAAAAGCUCGAUAAGCUGCGAGCGGAAUUGCGCUGGAGAUCCGUGUUGAAUAAAUCGCUCUGUAUGUCACGUUU